UCAUUUAAUAAUUAUGCUUCACUAGAAUUAAUGAUGUUCAACUGGACUUAAGAUAUGUUAACAUUUCAUGAUUACUUGUUAAUUUUGUUAAAUUUAUUUCAAUGUUGUAUCGUUAAUUUGUAUUUUAUUGAUAAAAUGUGAAAUUUCGAAAGAAAUUUUAAAAGAUAUGAAUAAUGAAAACAAUACUACUGUUGAUUUAUUGAAGAAAAGAUUUGAGUCGUUUCAAUGUGGCAAAAAGUCUUCACCUGAAUUAUUAGAUUCACAGAAUGUUAUCAAACGGAAUAUUAAAAGAACUCCAGCAUUUCGAAGAGAUUUUAAAUUAUCUAAACAAACAGGAGAAACCCCUUAUUUUAAUAAGGUAACUAAUAUUAAAAAAAAUAAUCAUAGUACAUGUAUAUACUCAAAGUCAAUUGAAACAUUUAUAACACCUACAUCCAAUUUUAAUCAAUUUAAAAGUCAAACAAAAAAAGUAUCAGAUUUAAAUAAUUGCACAGUUGAUAAAACAGUGACUUCAAACCACGAAGUACUUAUCCAGUGUUUAAAAAAAGAGUUGAAUAAAAAUAAUACUAGUAACACUAUUACAGUAAAACCUAGAAAAAAUUCUUUAGAAACUUUUUUACCAAUUGGUCCACCUCCCAAAAAACCUCCAAGAACUUUUGCUCAUGAUAAACAACUUCAAAUAAAUCUAAAUUCAAAGAUAGAGAUGGAUUUUCAUGAGAAACAAAAGUCAGAUCCUAAAGUUAUGUUGGAAAAAUUAGAAAAAUUUGUUGUUGAUAACUCUCAAUCAAAACAAAAAAUAAAUAUUGAUGAACAGUAUACUGUCAACAGUUUAAAUUCUAAAAAAAUUGAAAAGAAAACAAACUUGCUUACUUUAGCAAAGUCAUUAGGGUGUAUCAGUAAUCAAAAUAUGUAUGACAAUAAUACAACAAAAGAUUGUGACACAGAUGACCAAAAUUAUUUGACUACAAAAUUUUACUGUGAAAACAGUAUAGAACAUAUAUAUGAUGAACCAAUAUUCUUAAUGCAAAAUUCUAAUAAAAAUAGUGCUAAUAGCUGUCAUGUGCAUACUAAUAAUAAGCUAAUUGAUGAUUCUGAUAAAUCUGAUCUACAUUAUAUGUCAACCUCAAUACAAGAUUUGGAUUUUAAAAAUUACAUAGAAAAUUUCAAGUCUCUUUCUAGUUUAGAUAUAGAUAGUGUAGAUGGUAUAAGUAAAUCAAAAAACUUCAGUAAUGAUUCAGAAAGUAGUCAUGAAAGAAAAAUACAAUUAUUAAUGAAUGAAGCUUAUGGAACAUUCAUUGAUGCCCGUGAAUGUGAAAAUGACACAUUAUCAUUUUCUUACCAUAAAGAUAAUGAUUCUAACUUUACAUCAGGAAAAAAUGUUAAUGAACAAACUUUAGAGCGUAAAGGAUAUUUACGUCGUGUAGCAAAAAAAGUAUCAUCCACUUACUCAACUCUUGUGCAAGAUAAAAAUCACUUAUUCCAUGCAUUGCUUUUAGUUGGACUUGACUUAAGUUCUACAAAAGAAAAACUUCCUUAUAUUAAAUAUAAAUAUCCAGAUAAUGUUAAAGUACCUAAACAAAUUGAAAAUUUAUGUUUCCCUGAUGCUCAUGUUUGGCCAUUUACUGCUGACGAUUGUCGAACAUAUACUUUAACUGUUACUGAUGAAAAUGGUAGAAGAUACUAUGGCUAUUGUUAUAGAGUACAGCCAGAAGAAGCUUCUUAUUGUUUACCAUUAGUAUACUGCAUAUACUCAAUGAUUAAAGCCAAUAGCUUUUAUUUUCAGGUAUUACGAGAAAUUGAGUCAAGACAUGGUCUUUCUGAGUUUAAUAUUAAAGAAUUUAUUCAAUUAUUAUACAAUCAAACAUUUCCAGAGCUAGGAUCUACUAUUUUUAUUCCUCAAAAUUGUACUAAUUCAAUUUCGUUCUUGUCUGAACAAACACGAGAGAUUCGCAGACCAUUUGAUAUUCGACAAGAACAAAAUGAUUUACUGAAACUGUUGCAAGUAAUAAAGCCUUCUACUUUUAUACAAAUGCUUGCUUCCAUGUUACUUGAAAGAAAGUUAAUACUUUUCAGCAAAUCUAUCAGCUUAUUAUCGAGUAGUAUAGAUGGACUUACAGCUGCAUUGUAUCCUUUUACUUGGCAGCAUACCCUUAUUUCAGUUCUUCCUUCACAAAUGGUUUCUAUAACUGAUUUUGUUCAAGCGCCUACCCCUUUCAUUGUUGGAAUAAUAAAAAGUGAUAUUCAAUUAGAUAUUUUGGCUCAAUUUAGUGAAAAUGACCAAGUGUUUAUAUUUGAUUUGGAUACUAAUAAGAUAUUGCGUAAAGUAAAAGAUGAAUAUAGUGUUAUACCUUCAAGAAUUGCUAAAGGCUUAAAGAAUGUAAUGAGUUUAAAAGUAGAACUACAACAUUCUACCAAAGCAAUUUUGGCAUCUGAAUCUCUUAUAAGAUUAUUUGUUGAACUAGUGGGUCAUUUCAGAAUGUUUAUAUUGCCUAGUUCACAAAAUAAAAAAUUUCACUUUCAGAAACAACCAUUCAUUGAUGCUGGAUCAAAUACUGCUCAUCAAAAUUUUUUAGAGUGGUUUACCGAGACUGCAAUGUUUACAACAUUUAUUAAUAACAGAUUAAAUUGUGAGAUCGAUAAUAAAGAUGUAUUUGAACGUCGAUGUGAAGAGUUUACAUUGGAGCUCAAUAAAAUUAAACAAAAAUCUAAAACACUUCAGACUGUAAAAGCUAUUGGUGACCGAAUUAAGGAAUGGACUGUUUUAUAAAGUUUCAUGUAAUUUUUUUAAGCUAUCUUCCUAUAUCUGUGUAUAUUUAUAUAUAUAUAUAAAUGUUAUAUAAUUUUUUAUUUAUGAUAUAUCAUGCUGUCUAAAGUAAAAUUUGCAAAGUGAACUAAUGCAUAUUGAA